GCGAAUUCAAAAGUUAACCGACAUUCGAUCUGUCAACGUGCAGCAGUCGAAGGAGCAGCCGCAGCAGCAAUUAUACUUGGCCGCGGAAUAUUUAGAUAUUUGAUAUAUCUCGUGUUUUCCGUACAUUGAAGUGCAUUCAAGUUUCAGCUAAUUCUUUUAUCGUUUCAAAAAAUUACUUCGCGAUUUGUGUGCUUUUAAAAUAGAAUCAGUCAGACGUGUGCCCGUGCUCCGUGCCCACAGCAUCACAAUGAACACGCUCAAUGCGCAUCUCCUGCUGCUGGCCCUGUGCUGCGUCGGCUAUAUUGCCUGCUCGCCGGUCAUAGGCCAGGAGCAGCGCAGUCAAGUCUCUGGCGAGGGCGAUGUCGACGGCCUGCUCGGCGCCGACGAGAUGGCCGAUAAUGGCGCAGACAUUGAUAAGCGGGUAGAACGAUAUGCCUUUGGAUUGGGCCGUCGGGCUUAUAUGUACAACAACGGCGGACCGGGCAUGAAGCGGCUGCCAGUCUAUAACUUUGGGCUGGGCAAGAGGUCGCGUCCGUACUCCUUUGGACUGGGAAAGCGCAGCGACUACGACUAUGAUCAGGACAACGAGAUUGACUACCGAGUGCCGCCAGCGAACUACAUGGGAGUGGAGCGUGCGGCUCUCCGCCUUGCAGUCCGACCUGGCAGACAGAACAAGCGAACGACGCGUCCGCAGCCCUUCAACUUUGGUCUCGGGCGGCGUUAAAUCAAAUCGCGGAGGAGGUCGCCUCAAAUGGCACACUAAACCAGAUCCAGCCGUGUGCCAAUUGAGACAAAAACCUACUUAACUAUCAAUUCAAGUAUUUGCAAAAGGCUAUAGGACUCUUGUAUUGUAAAACUUCUCCAAGAACUAAUCUAAAUGUCUUUGAAUCAAACUGCACGCCCUUCGUCCCACAAAAUAUCUAAAAUAAAGCAUACCGAUAAACAUUAUGAUUUCCACAUUAGUUAUUAACUCCAGACGUUCAACGGCGGCAAAUGUUUAGCUUAAAGAGCAAUAUAAAAUUGCAAAAAAAAACCAAAAAAAAUAAGAAAAGAUGAGAAGGGUCAAACGAUGAGAAUGAAACCGUGGCGUGUGCAAUUAUCAAGGAAGAAAUACAUUGAAUGUUAUACGAAUACAAAUAGUACAUAAUAUACAUAUAGAUAUAUGCAUAUUCAAUCCAAUUUACAGUACACAUUUUAAUGGGGCAUUAGCUAAUAUACACACACAGAUAUAUACUUAUGUAUGGACAUAUACUUGGGGCACUCUCUCGAGUCGGCGAGUGGCAUUGGCUGCAUUCAAAAUUGAGGCGCAUAGACGGACAAACUUGAAUAUUGGGAUUAUACACAAAUAGCAAACUAAUAUUGGAUGUAUCAAAGUGAUUAUUAAUUUAACUAUACUAUAUAUACAUACAUGCAUACAAUAUAUGUAAUUGUUUUGUGCAUACAUGCAUCUAUUCCUAAAUAAACAGCACAGCAGCAUGGUGCAAGCAAAACA